AUGCGAGGUUCAUCUGAUGAUGCCGCCAAUGAGGCAUUGGCUCGUAUGGGCUACAAGAGUGAAUUACCACGAAACCUGAGCAUGUUGAGCAUCCUCGGUCUAUCCUUUGCGAUCAUGGCAGCACCCUUCGGACUGAGCACGACUUUCUACAUCACCCUCGCGGACGGUCAAUCUGUAACCAUCCUUUGGGGAUGGGUCUUCGUCUCCCUCAUCUCAAUCGCUAUCGCCGCCUCUCUCGCCGAGAUCUGCGCCGUCUACCCUACAGCGGGAGGCGUCUACUACUGGAGCGCGAUGCUUUCGACACGCCGCUGGGCACCACUGAUGUCCUUCAUCGAUGGCUGGCUUACCCUCGUCGGGAAUUGGACAGUUACACUGAGCAUCAUCUUCUCCGGAGGUCAGCUGAUCCUCAGCGCAAUCUCCAUCUUCGAUGAAUCCUUUGUCGCCAACGCCUGGCAGACCGUAUUGAUGUUCUGGGCUGUCAUGCUCUUCUGUGCCCUAGUCAACAUCUUCUUCUCGCGCUAUCUCGAUCUCAUCAAUAAAGUCUGCAUCUUCUGGACGGCAGCCAGUGUCAUCAUCAUCCUCAUCACACUCUUGACAAUGGCCGACAAUCGACGAGAUGGAGAAUACGUCUUUGCUCAUUAUGACGCCUCCCAGAGCGGCUGGCCAGAUGGAUGGGCCUUCUUUGUGGGUUUGCUGCAGGCGGCAUACACCCUGACAGGCUACGGAAUGGUCGCUGCCAUGUGCGAAGAGGUGCAGAACCCACAUCGUGAGGUCCCCAAGGCAAUCGUGCUAUCUGUGGUAGCGGCCGGUAUCACCGGCCUGUUCUAUCUCAUCCCAAUUCUGUUUGUGAUGCCCGACGUGCAGAUGCUGCGCGAAGUAGCCAGCGGCCAACCGAUCGGUCUGCUCUUCAAGACCGUGACUGGCUCUGCAGGUGGUGGCUUCGGCUUACUGUUCCUGAUUCUGGGGAUUAUGUUGUUCGCCGGAAUUGGUUCCCUCACGGCUGCCAGUCGCUGCACAUAUGCAUUCGCGCGCGACGGCGCUAUCCCGGGUUUCAAGCUCUGGCGUCGCGUGAACAAGAAACUGGAUGUGCCUGUGUGGGCUGUAGUGCUCUCGGCAGUCGUGGAUGGCUUAUUGGGUCUGAUAUAUUUCGGUUCCACGGCGGCGUUCAAUUCCUUCACUGGCGUGGCUACUAUCUGUCUGUCGACCUCGUACGGUCUACCGAUUUUGAUUUCUCUGGUCCGAGGUCGUCGCGCGGUGAAAGAGUCUUCGUUCUCCCUCGGUCGCUUUGGAUUUGCCAUCAACUGUGUCACCAUUUUGUGGAUCGUCUUGGCUGUCGCUCUCUUCUGCAUGCCAGUUACCUUGCCUGUUACACCAGAGUCUAUGAAUUACGCCAGUGUUGUUUUCGCUGGAUUUGCUGGUAUCAGUAUCUUUUGGUACUUCGUUUAUGCGCGGAAGCACUUUACUGGCCCUCCUGUUAGCAGUGAUGAGGCGCGCGCAGCCACCGAGCUUAUGACGGGUACGCCGGUUGAUACGGAGAAACCGUUGGAGACGAUGAAGAAGUUGCCAAGCGAGUAG